AAAUGAGUUCCGACAAGGAAAAUUCGUUGUGAACUGUCACCCAACUCAGAAUAUCAAGCGGAAACACGGGCAUCUUUCUAGACUUUCCGACCUGAAGUCAGAAGUUCGAGAUUUCCGAGUACCUAGUUGUUAUGAACGCGGCAUUAUCUCAUUUUCUAAUGUCUCUGGUCAGUCAUAUGACAAGGAAGAAAGGCAAUCGGUGUUGUUGUUGGUUUAUUAAAUGGCCUGGGGUUAUGAAAUAAUAUGAACAUGGAUUAAAAAUGAAAUCACAGCAAGUUGCCUCGUCAACGAAACUGUUUGUCAUGUAAAGAAAGGGAGGAGUAUGGAGAAUGAUGAACUUCCGUCAGCGGAUGGGAUGGAUCGGUGUGGGGCUGUACCUUCUGGCUAGCGUGGCUGUCGUCUACUAUGUCUUUGAGAUUGACCAGACAUACAACCGUCUCACCCUGGAGCACGUGGAGCGGGUGGCUGAGGAGCAGCGACCUCUGGCAGGGGACAACACGCCUCCCGCCACAUCCUCUGGGCCCCCAUCCUCAGCCUCACUGCCCACCUGGACCCAGAGUCUCAAAACUCGCCUGCUCCUCUUGCCCUUCUGGGUGUGGGUCACCAUCUUCCUCGUGCCCUACCUUCAGGUGUUCCUCUUCCUCUACUCGUGCACGCGCACCGACCCCAAGACGGUGGGCUACUGCAUCCUGCCCAUAUGCCUGGCGGUACUCUGCAACCGCCACCAGACCUUUGCCAAGGCGUCCAAUCAGAUCAGCCGGCUGCAGCUGAUUGACACCUAAAGUGUCCAACCGAUUGAGACGGUGGAUAAUAUGAGAGGCGGGGUGAGCAGCCUUAGUGCAUGCUGCACACAAACUAGGCGGAGGCCUACUACUCUCACACCUGAACUACAGGAUGCUUAACACUCACCUAGUACACUGUGUGACGUGUUAAGUCUACCAGGCAUCACUAGGCAAUUCACUUGGGGGGGGGUGGUGGUUUUGUUGAUGUGUAUGUGUGCUGUUCUUGAGAUGAACAAUGGUACGCGUUUCACAACCCUUUGUAUUUGUGAUUUCUUACAUUCAACAAAGGCUGGACCAAAGGGUGCCACGCGCUCCAGGGUCUCACCACAGUACCUGACUAUGAUACAGACACCAAUCAUUGAGGGUUUAUCCGUUCACUGCAAGGUCCCACUUUUUUGAGCAAAUAAUUCUGUGAGGAAAGUUUGAGAGCCAUAUUGGUUCAAUCAUCAUCCCAAAACUAUUACCACCCCACUGACUCGAAGUAAGGUGAAAUAUGACGUGUCAAAUAAUUUGUACAGACAGUUUUAGGAAUGUGAUGCCAUUUAAAAAAACUGUCUUAGUGGACCAGUAGUGAUUCUUAGAUAAGUACUGCAGUGUUGUUUUGUUAUUGGUCUGAAUGUAUUUUGUAUUGUUAUUUACUGCUGUGUUGGCUCAGUAAUUUCCUUCUACAUGCUUUUUUUGUCAUUCUAUUACUUGCAAUAUUUAGGAAGUGUUUCGGGAUUUGUCAAUUGGUCCAUCUAUCCAGUAUUUGUAUAAGAUAAAUAUCUUGUGCCUUUAAGGACCCCCCCCCCCCCCAAGUAAAGUCAAAGAAAGUCCACACAAAGCACACGGACCAUGCUUUUGAAAAAUACUUCUUCUAAUCUUCUACUACAGCCAUUGUUUGUCCUUGUGUGCCAUAAAGUGACAAAAACGUGACAUGAAAUUGUCAAUGUUAUUGCCUUUUUUAUGAGGAUCCCUGGUCCCUUUUUUGUAUGACAUUUAUGUGGAAAUGUGUUGUAUGAUCAGUGAGUUGUGGAAUCCUUCACAUAUGUAAGUUACGAGGAAAAUGUUCACUGCCAAAAAAGAUAAUUUCCUAUCUUGAAAUGAGCAAUGGGACAAAUAUGGCUUUCCUAUAUGAUCUUAAAUGUUUGUGCCACAUUAAUUUAUAUGGCAGGUAGUGUCCUUAAGCAAUUCUGCAAAAUACUCUUCAUUUGAACAUUGUUUUGAAAUCAUCGUUGGCUACUCUUUGUUGUGUUGAUGGUCAACCUCCAUAUUUUUAAAUGUUUCCAAUUGAUUCGAGAUGGUACUAUUCUGAUUAAGUUUUGAUUUAACUUUCCAUCUACAUUAGCACAGUAAUGAAUGUACAAAAGGUUUAUUUGACCUUCCUCCCAACACAGGGAAGUGGCAUGUGCUGCGUCGAGUGACCUGACCGAAAGGGAAUUGGGCUGGCUUGUGUUCAUUAAGGCACAGAAAAUACAUUUGUCCAGGUAAUCCUUCCAUGCUUAUCAGUUCUGUUUGUUUCCUAAUGAACACAACCCUGAUUUUGCCCUUGCACUACACAGCUGAUUCAAAUAAUCAAAGCUUGAUGAGUUGGUUAAUUGAAUCAGCUGUGUAGUGCUAGGACAAAAGUGCAGGAGGAGGGGGGCUGCGCUGCUACAAAGGAUCAUCUACUUGGGUUUUGGACUGGGUGUUUUUAGUGGCUCACAUGACAUUUUCACCGAACUAUUGUCUUUCACUCCACCCCGUUUCAACUUCAUCUAUUUUUACUAUGUUGCACCCAUUAACAUCUUAGUGCACAACUUGGGUCCUCAGGAGUUGCAGUGUCUACAAAGGGUCAUGUUCAGUAGGCAUAAGAUGGAAGAAACAUUUACAGAAGGAGUUACUACCUGAACUCAUAGGAAUGCUCAUUUUGAUAAUUUUUUUUCAUUUUCUCCUACUGAAAGUACUAACUGACUACACUAACUGAAACCUCAAGCUAGCCAAUGUGGUGACAUUGUAUCUAACCUGAUUUGAUCAAUAAGUGUCAAAAUCAUACUUUGCAGAAGCUUCCCUACUCGACCAGAGUUGUCCACCCUUGAUUCAACCUACACAAGUCCUAUAUGAUAGUUUGGACGUAGAGACACUGCCUGUCAUGGUUCCUCUAGGUUUGUUUAUUUAAAAAAAAGUGUUAAUUGAAAAGGAAUAUUAGAAGAAAAAAAUAAUAAUAUGGGCUUGUUUGGUCUGUCUAAAAGAAUGAGUGGCUAUUCACGUUGGUGCUUCUGAUUUUUAUUGCCUUUCAAAUCUAAAUGCACUGUGAUUAAAGGUCUGGAUUGUAAGAAAAUUAAACAUGUUAUGGGAAAA